AUGACUGAAAAUGACUUUUACUGUGAUCUGUGCCUUAGGGAAGACCUUAAAAAACGGGGGAUUGUAUAUUGCUAUAAUUGUUUAGAAAUACUGUGUAAAGAAUGUGAACGACAUCAUAAGAAAAACAAAGCGUCAAUAAGCCAUAAAUUGAUUGAUAUCAGCCGAGAUGCCAUUGAAUGGAAUACAACAGACUAUGAUUAUUAUGAACAACAUUCGAAGUGUCUAAAUCAUGGAUUGAAAUAUGUGAAAUUUCUUUGUAAAACGCAUGGCGAGUUUUGUUGUGAGAAAUGCGCCAAAAUAGAGGAUAAGAAAUGCAGACUUGUAGAUGAAGUGGAACUAAAUACUGAACUCAAAAAGACGUUAGAAUAUAUGAAACAAACCGCAGACAAAUUAAUAGAGCACGAAUCCAACUACCGAACCAAAUUGGACGCGGAGAAAAAAGAAGCGCAAACGUGUUUAGAAAAUCUAAAGGCGCAUAUUGACUAUUCAUAUGAAAAAAUUAAAAACAAAAUUUUGACAGAUAUGUUAGCGCGACGGAGAGAUCUGUCAUCGGCCAGUUUGCUACAGACUGCUUCUGUAGAGAAGCUUAAAGCCGAGAUCAGGAGCUCACGUGAGGUCGUUGAAGACGCUACGAUUCAACACAAACUACCCUGUUUUCUUCUGCUCAGAGAAGUACAAUAA